ACAUGAACUCGACCAAUCAGGACGAGGGGAAGGGUUUGAGGGGCGGGGCUUCGCAGUCUUGGGAAGAAGGUCCGCCAAAUUCAAACUCCUACACCGAAGUGGCGCAUUACAGCAGCGCGGUGGAUCAAACCCUGAGACGCAGCGGUUCCCAUCAUGUCAUCAGCUAUCGCGAGCAGCGUGAACGGCCUUAGCUCCACGGUGUCUGGGAUGUGGCGCUCGCACAGCGUCCUCUCCGAGUCUGAACCCGAGAGCUCCCCCGAGGCCGGGCAGCAGUUUCGGAAGCUACGCUCCUCCAGCUCUCUCAACUCCCUGCGCAUGUCUCUGAGGAAGAGACUUCCUUUAAAGACCGUACAGCCCACCAACAACGUCCCGGAGAAUCCAAACACUGAGGAGUUUCAGAACAGCAAGAAGACCAGCGCCGUCACUCAGAUCAAACGCACCGCCAAGAACACCAUAGGAAACGCUUAUCAGAAGUUUCAAAAGAGCACACAGUCACGUGAGGAGUGCCUGGUGAGGACGCCUGGCAGGAUCUUGGAAGGAGAAGAGAACGAGCAUGCUCCUGCAUCCGCCCGCACCCCGAAACGACAAGCCACCACCCCCAGACGCACGCCAAGAUCGACCGCCAAGCGUAACCCGCGAGCCACAGGCACUCCGGAGCCCAGCGAGUCGGCCGUGAGAGCGGUGAAGACCGGAGGCACCAGGAGGCAGCUGGUGCGCAUGGCGGCACUGAGGAGCCCUUUCGCAUCUCCUAACACGGCGAGCCGCCGCAGGCAGUUUGAUGAAGAUCUGGACAGUGUAUCAAAAGGCCUCAGGAAACUAAAGCGCCUCUCUCAGGCCUUUGAUGAAGUCAUUGGGAGAGACGAGCGGACUGAGGCCAUGGAGCAUUACAGAACAGUGAUGGCUCACAGCUACGGCUCCGGCUCCAACCCGAGCAGCAGCACGGGGAAAUUAAACCGAUCCUUCAUCCGGCAGCAGAGCCGACGAAUCCGCAACAGAGUGGGCAGCUGGACCGACAGCGCGCUCUCAAACCUCCGCAAACCCACAUAGACAUCAAGCUACCUUCGGAUUUUUUUUCCACGUCUGUCUUAGUCCUGACUUCUCGUCAUCGUCGUUGUCUUUUUUUUAAUGUGUGUCUGUAACUGACCGUCUCAUCAUCCACCAUCGUCAGAUUUUGCCAAAUGUUACUUUCCUGCCAAAUUGUUGUCAUGCUGUUACGGUAUAAAGGUCUCGGUUGGAAAGCCAUAAAAAAAAAACGAGGGCAAGUUUCACCAUUGCACCAAAGACGAUAAUGUUCGUGUUACAGUUUUUACUUUUAUUUCUAUUUAACUAUAAACUAACACUAUAACCAACGUAGCAAGUCAAACCUGAUGUUUACUAACUAGUCUCUAGUUCCAUAUUAUAUAGUCGCUAGACUCCACCUUGUAUCGAGGUGCUGGGAGAAUCUAACUCAUCUUUAUCUUUUUGUUUGUUUGUUUUUCGGCUGCAUUCUGUAAUUUAACCACACGGUCCAGAUCGGGACAAAAACGAAGCAACGUCUGGGAAAGCUAAAAUGAUGUUGACUGGGAACUAUGGCUUUUAUAUGCACUUUUUCUCAUAACACUAAGCAUUCUUGAUGAAAUGUUCACCUUUUCUACUUUAAUAAAAAAAAAACAAA